CUCCCCGCUUCCUCCGCGUCCUCACCUCUUCCACUGUCCGUUUGCCGGGGUUGCUACCAUUAAUCCAUCCAUCUUCGCCGUUUGUGACCAGCGCAGCGCAGAGGCGAUAUCUGAAGACGAUUGCAGCGCUGGCGAGCCCGUGUUCCGUGCCUGCCACAACUCCACUGAAGCUGGAAACGUUUAUCCCGGCAUCUCGCACCCACUUGGUCCUACCUGCCUGCGACACCACCAUGUAUCUGCCGCGCUGCGGUAUCGGAAACGCAAACCAUGUUGGAAAGAGCGUUACCUCGCGCCUACGCAGCCCAUCCACGGCUUCCCACCAGUCUCCCUCUGCCUCUUCAAUGCCGCCGCCCUCCCCGAACGUUAUGCUUCACGCAUCCUUCCAACCGUCGCGACUUCCAUGAGUACUUCAUCACACAUCUACCUUCGAGCUCGCUCCAUCCCGACUCGCGGCAAGCUGCUGGUCCCCACCACAAGUUACCCAGAGAUAAGAGCACCGUCCAUGACCCUCGUGGUACGAACCGAACCCCGGCCGCCGCUCCCCCCGCGCCGGGCCAGCGGGAGAUGACGGUGGUCAGGAUACCACUAAAGAGCGCGAAACAUCACUUUGGAGUCUCUCUGUCGCGCGGGUCGCGUCCAUACAAUGAGGAUUCCUACCAGGCCGGCACGAUUGAGGUGCCGGCAUUUGCGAGAGUACAGCCCAUGUCUCUGCAGCGCAGUGCGAGCGGGGGCGUCAAGAACGAGCUCACGCCCGCCGAUAGCGCCAGCGGAGACCCUCAGGUGUUCUACUUUGGCGUGUUCGAUGGGCAUGGGGGUAUGGAGUGCUCAGCAUUCCUGAGGGAAGAACUGCACGAUUACGUUGAGAAGGCGAUGAAGCUUUUCCAACUCGAAAGCAGUUUGCAAACAAGUGGCGUGAGAGGCAAAAGGCUCGGGUGGCCUGGCAGCAUGGGCAGUCCCGAUGAGAGACCGGCUGAGAGCUCACAAAAGGCUACAGGGAAAGAAAGCUUGCGAGCCAUUGAAACACACACACCUGAUGGAGUAGAGCCUAUCCAACCGCCAGAGCCCGGCACGGGCAUGAAGUUCCCAACUGCGGGCAACAAGAGCAAGCAGCAACCGUUGGACAGUGCGCCGCCGGUGAAGCAGUCCAUCAGUGUCAAGGAGGCUGAAGAGCUCGAGCGGAAGCUGGUGAAGAAGUGGAAAGAGCUGGUUGGAGGAUACUUUCGGCGAUUCAAACCCGAGUACUUUUCCAAAUCGGCAGGCGGACAGGGUCACGCAGCUGAGAAGGAACUCGCUGAACAAGGUCCAAGCGCCCUCUCAGCCAUUUCUGGCGAAACUGCUGAAGGUAUCGGGAUCGAGACGGUGCUGGAAUAUGCGUUCCUGAAGGCCGACCUCGACUUUGUGUCUGCGCAAGCUGUGAAACAAGACGAAGACCCCGUGCUCGCAGAUCGAGCGAUCAACGACGAAGAUAUCCUGGGCCAUCCAUCAAGAGCGGGCAAGAACAUCGGUGGGGCGAAACGCUUCAAAGGUGGAAGCACCUGUAGUAUUGCACUUAUAUCCACUCCCACUCCGUCCCCAUUCUGGCAUCCGUCGUCGCCGUCGACCCUUAUUACAGCACACGUGGGCGACACCAGGAUCCUGCUGUGCGAUACGGCAACGGGACAGGCGAUUCCUCUGACGUCAAAUCACCACCCUUCGCUCCCAGAGGAGGCUACCAGGCUCCGACGGUACGCAGCGACGUUUGUGACUGAUUCGUUCGGGGAAGAGCGUGUCUCCGGGCUCGCCAACACGCGAGCGUUUGGUGACACGACUUCGAAGCGCAUCGGUGUGUCCGCGGAGCCGGAGAUCCGACGGGUUGAGAUUUCGCCCGCAAAAUACUCGUUCCUGGUUCUUGUGUCAGAUGGGGUCUCGGGUCACCUGAGUGAUCAAGAGAUUGUGGACGUUGUAAAGGAGGCUCGAACGCCAGAACAGGCCGCGCGAGACGUCACGGCAUUUGCAACGGAGGUGGCCACGGAUGCGGACAAUGCCACGACGCUGGUGGUUAGGUUAGGAGGGUGGGAGAGAAGAAGCGAAGGUGGUCUGGGGAGCCUGGGGACGAAAGAGAUGCGGGAUUGGAGAAAGGACGAGGCGUCGGACCCCCGGAGAGGAAGACGGUGAUGUGGAAAAUGGGGAAAGAAGAUAAGUGGUACAGAAAAGGCGAUUGCAUAACUGGCGCACGGGGGCAUUGGCAACAAGGGGAGAUGCAGAAGAUGACUUUGUUUGUAUAUUUGACUGAUUGAUUGACCGAUUUGAAGAUUGAUGUUGGUUUAUUGCAUGGGCUGAGCAUGUACACGAGUGGUGGUGGUGGUAGCUAGUGGGCACAUUUCUGUGACGCAUGUUCCAAUGUCUGUAUACACGAAUGAUGAUGAUUGCUGCUCGAGUAUGGUGGAGAUGUGCCAAGUAGGUAUUAAGUAUCCAUGUAUUUAUCUGUGUAUGCGCCAACCUUUGAAUGUUUGCCCAUGGAAUGAAUACACAUGUAUGCAUGUGUAGGGCUGAC